GCUGACUGCUGUUGGGGGUCGAGACUACAAUCGAAGUGAGGGUGCACUGCCCAUCCUGCCACGUCCGCCUGUUUCAGCUCGAGAUCCUAUAUCAGCUUCACAAAGGCUGAACAUAUCUGUCCUUGACUAAACUUCUUUAUCGCCUGAUUUAUUUCUCCAUACCCUUGCCUCCCGUAUCUCGUCACUGCAUGGUGCUCUAGGUCUCGCAGAGAUGGGUAAAUUCAGCCUCCGGAGAGGCGACGACGACGACGAUUCCAGCAGACUCGCUCUGUUUGGCUCCAGAUCCAAGAGCAAAUCUCCAGCUCCUCCUUCCCAGAAUCCUUAUGCGUCCGCAAACCCUUAUGCACAGCCAGCUGUUCCUCCAGACCCCUACACAAAGGCUAAGAUGAGCGCUGGAAUUAUGCCUCCUGCAGGCCAAGGAGGCCCUCCAGGCCCUGGCAAUUUCAACGGCUUGCCUGGUCCAGGUCAACAGCGGCCGCCAUACGGAAGGGAUAAUGCGUACGGUGGUGCAUCAUCUGGCAGUUUUGGCGGAGACAAUAAAUAUGGUCCUGCCCAAGGUGGUUAUGGAGGUGGUAGUGGAUACGGCUCAGACAAAUUCGGGAAUCAGAAUGGCUAUGGCGGCGGUGCACCUGGCGGCAACCCAUAUGCAAGCGUCCAACAGACCAGUGGCACCUCACGGCAGGGUGGCUAUGGAGGGUUGGGUUCCUCUAACGUCUACGAGAACGACAACAAUCGGGACGAGUUGUUCGGCGGAGCACGAGAACGGCUUGAACAAAAGCAGCAAAACCAAACAAGUGGCCCUCCUGACUAUGAAUAUAAUUCUGGCGGUGAUGCUGGUGACCGUACCUACGGAGCAUAUGGCGAUCGUCAACUCACCGCAGAAGAAGAGGAGGAAGAGGAUAUCAAUGCUGUGAAACAAGACAUCAAGUUCAUGAAGCAGCAAGAUGUGGCAUCAACGAGAAACGCGCUUCGAAUUGCUGCUCAAGCUGAAGAGAUGGGGCGAAAUACCCUGGCCAGACUCGGUGCACAAGGCGAGAGAAUGCAUAACACGGAUCGGAAUCUUGACCUCGGAAAUAAUUAUAUCAACAUCGCCGAGGACAAGACAAAAGAGCUCAAGACGUUGAACCGCAGCAUGUUCGCAGUCCACGUCAACAAUCCUUUCACUGCCAACGAUCGACGUGCGCGCCGAGAUGAACAAAUCAUGGAACGCCAUCAUGCAGAGAGAGAGGCGCGUGAAGCUACUCGAGAGGCCGCUUUCAGGAGCACUCAACGGAUGAAUCAAAAUUUCAAGGGGCUGGACGAUGCUUCAGCCGGGAGCGCGACAAAGACGAGUCUGGCUGAAAGGGCCAAGUACCAAUUCGAGGCCGACAGCGAGGAUGAGGCGAUGGAGAACGAGAUUGACCGGAACCUCGACGAGCUCACUGGGGCAGCCAAACGUCUUAAUCUCCUCGCUCGUGCCACAGGAGAAGAAGUUGAAGCCCAGAAUACACUAAUCACAAACAUUGCGGAGAAGAGCGACCGGUUCGACGAUCGACUUCAUUUCCAGACCGAAAAGCUCAAGAGGAUACGUUAGGGCGGGGUUCCCUGAUUUCUUGUCACAUCGAGCAGAGAUCUGUAGACCGUUGUCGAACGUGCCCUCCUUGUGGACGUCUUUGGAUGCUUUCAGCCUUGUCAUACUUGUGGGCCGAUGGGUAAGAGCCUCGUCGAUCAUGAUCGCCAGAUCAGCCUCGGUCCGCAAAGUCGUGCAAUUGUUGCUCGAUGUCCAUCUCCCGCAGAAAUAUUGCGAGGGUCCGGCACGUGUUGCGAUCGCCUAUCAUCUGAAGAUCAGUCGUUUCAUCGACAUCUCACUGAAAUGGGUGGAUUGGAUAUCUUUGCUCUGAGUAUUGGUAGUUUGCAGCUUCCACCUCACAUGCCACUCCCAUCCCUACACCGGGAGCCUGGGCAGAAGCCUGUUCAAUCAUAGUGGACUGCUGGCGGAUAGAAUAGCCGGCAUUGGCAGAAGUCUAGGCUUGCUGGCAUCCCUUGUAUGCACCCCUUUGGGCCAAGGGUUGGUCCUCUGGAGCUUGCAGUUCUGCUUCGGGGACCUAAGGCGUUCGGCGAACUCGUCUACUUGAACCCUUUGGGCAAUUGUUGAUUUCCUUCCAUCGGACGUUCUUCUCCCAAAUUGCGGGUUCCUCGUCAGGCUCGCUUCAUGAGACGUGCCGCAAGGCUCUAGUUAUGCUCCAUAGGUACACGGCACGAUCGAAAGCAGUGGCUCAAUUUGACACCCUGGUCAAGGAGGAUUGUCGCCAUUGAUUCCGACGCCCAGAUGAACUAGAAGACGGAAAAUAAAUCUCGUAAGCGCUUGGGACACUAGAGAAAGCGAGAAGAUGGCGCAUCGACGCUCGGUUGUUUUCCUCCUUGAACUCCCGGACCUGCGAACAAGGAGGUCAUUGCUCACCGC